AAAAGUCUUCAACCCACUGCACAAGUAAGCAAGUUUAAAAGUAAGUACCAAACUGCUUCUACUCGAGUUACAUACUCCGUACUCCGCACCGUACGACUGUACCAGUAUCGUAGGGUACUGUACAUUGCACCACCAACCCACCAAGCCAAGCCACUAGUCCAAGCUGAGCCGAGCAAAAGAUCUAAAGAUAUCUAACAGUGAAGCACAAAGGCAUGCAAGGAUGCAUGGUGAAUCACAAUCCACAGGCCUUCCAACAGUAGUGAUGCCCUCUCUCUUGAUCGAAGCUAUUCUCCCUGCACCCUGCACAACGGUGCAAAGGCUUGCGGAUCACCAAAGAAGCAAGGCAGCCUCGGAGCUUAUGUUAUCAUGCACCUCCAAACUCCAAAACUAGCUAGUAACCAAUUCUACCAGCGCGAAGCGCGAUACUGUAGCCUUUCUCUGAUGAAGUGUAUUGAAGCUUUUUGUCGACGGAGAAGUCUCUAGAACAGUACGACUGUACAAAUCAAGGGUUGGAAUCCGCAAGGUCCAAAGCGCGUCUUACAGUUGCACAGCAUCUUCUUCAAGGUAUCUUUAGCUAUUCUUACACCUUACACCAAGCCAGCGGGCUAGAUCUGCCGGUAGCAUGCUGGUUCUGGUUUUUGCUUGGACAGAACCGAGGAGGACCAUGUUUCUGGCUUGCCAGUCAACGUGAAGAAGCAAUAUCCUGGCUCGCGGCUUUGGCCCGCGGUGACGAAUGACCGAGUACUAAGGGAAAAGAUUCAAAAGUUGACUGCAGAUUUUGUUCGCUCGUGUUACUGUCUCCAAAGGAAAAAGGAUAAGAAUUACGUGUACCUGUAGGUACCGCGGUACCGGUACCAUACUUCAGAUAGAUUGGAAGGUUGCGCCAUGACCGGCAGCUGGUUCUCUGGUACCUGGUACCUGGUACGGUACGAUACUGGAAGACGCGGCAAUUAUUGAAUCCCCCUUGAUUCAGUUGAGUCGUGCGAAAAAUCCAGCAGUCCAUCGGGGAGGUUCAAAUUUGAUACAAAAACCCACAUUCAGUAAUUUCAGUAAUUGUCAGAAACGGCGACUGGAUUUUUUCAGUAGCAUCAGUAAAAUCAAGUAAUUUCAGUAAAAUUCAGUAAGAAACCAGCAGAUUGAGUAGCUCUCAGUUUCAGUUCAGGAGCAACAGCAACAGCAACAGCAACAGCAACAAGAAGCGACUAUCGACAACAAAAGAGCAUCGACACCACAAUAGUAGCAUCGGCACAAGCAACAAGAGCACAAUGGCCUCCGCUGAAGAGGAAGAAAGAGACAAGAAGUGGGAAUCCAGUGAAGCCAAAGAGCUUUUGAAACAAGAUCUCAUCAGCGGGGAUAUCCCUUUGUCUUGGUCCGCUGCCAUGGCGUACAAGCAUCGGCCUGAGUUUAAAAAAUUUGAGGAGUCUCGGUUUACCAACAAUUUCUACACUCUCCGAGCAAAGCUAGAGAAAGACUACAAGCGUGUGGAGACCGAUUCUGUAGCAUUUGAGUGGGACCUUGUCCGUCUACAGGAAUUGCGAGAAGAGAAUCCUCCACCAAAGAAGCCAUACCCAGAUUGGUGGCCGCACAAAGCGCUUCGAUUUGCCAAGAAGAAAAUGCGACAGAAGUACACCAGCGCUCAACCACGUGACACGGUUUUGCCCGCUGAAACUGCAGCCACACUAGUGGAAAUGAUGAAAGCUCGGGGGGAUGAGGAGGAGUAA